UCUUUUCUGCCCUCAUCCUCUCAUACCUUUCAGAGGUGCUGAGUGUGUGCAUCUGUAGCCGAUAAAUGAGACGCUGCAAGAUGGCGAUUGUGCGACUCAUAGCUUGUUUUCUUCUUUACACCAGCCUAGGCCACAUUCCAUCAUCACUCUGCGUAAUCCUACGAACCACAGACAAAAUUGUUUGGGCAAAUGAGUUUGAGCCCAUCGAACUGACCUGUUUAAUAGAGUCCAUCUCGACUAACAACCCGAGGAUUGAGUGGAAAAAGAUUAAAAACGGUGUCCCCAGUUAUGUGUACUUUCAAAACAAGAUAGCAGGGGACUUGGAGCAAAGAGCACAGCUCAGAGAGCCGGCCAACAUUCUGAUCUACAACGCCACUCGGUCAGACACCGCAGAGUACCGCUGCGAGGUGGCCGCCAUCGAUGAUCAAAGGGACUUUGAUGAGAUACUUAUUAGUCUGGCAGUAAGAGUGAAACCUGUCGUACCACGGUGCAGCGUGCCUGAGGCAGUCACGGUCGGAACAUCAACCGAGCUACGAUGUCUGGAGAACGAGGGCUUCCCUGCGUCCCAGUACCGCUGGUUCCACAACAACGAGGAACUUCCUCAGGACCACAAAAACAGCCCUAAAUUUGCCAACUCCUCCUACAGCAUAAAUCCUGACACUGGGGGCCUGAAAUUUCGAAGGGUCAGAAAGGAGGACGCAGGGGAGUACUACUGCCAAGCGAAGAAUGAUGCCGGACAUGCACAGUGUCCCCCGCAAAUGAUGGAAGUCUAUGACGUUGACAUCCUUGGGAUUUUCCUCAAGUCCUUCGGUGCAGUGAUUGUGUUCCUGAUCCUGACUUGUUCCAUUUGUCAUUCACUCAAACGUGGAUGCUUCUCCAAAAAAGGUCUCAAUGAAAAUAACUACAAUUGGCCGGCACAGACUGAUGGUGUUGACUACGGUGAUGCAGAUGAGGGCCAUUUUCGCCACAAGUCUUCAUUCAUCAUUUGACAGCUGAGAGAGUUACGAUGGAUGGAUAUGAUGGAACCAACAAAGAAAAACUGAUGGUUAACUUGCAACAAUUAUGCUCCAGAUGGUAAAGUUUGAGGUUUAACAUGGCACAUUAUUCUCUGAUGCACAUCAAAAUCAAAUCAACCAACUUGCCAAAGUAAUUUUAAUAUCAUUUUGUGGCACUGUUUUGUGGUUUUUAUAAGGUAACAGGUUUUUAUUUUUGGUAGAAUUAAUUUCCAUUUAAAACACUGGGUUUUUACUCCUUUAGUUUUCUUUUUUCCCUUUUUUUAAUUCUACAACAAAACCAUUUCAAAGCUGUGAAAUUUCACAUUUGGCCCAUGCUAUCAUUGCAAAAUAUGCUGGAAGCUACAUUCCUUCACAGUUUUUGAACAAGUUCUCUUUUAUAACUCUUAAACUUUUUACUGUAUACACUGAAAUUGUGUAUGAAACUCCUUUACAUCGUCUUUGUUCAUAAGAUAAACAUUUUCUGUUUGUUUCAAGUGGCCAAGAGUUGAAACUUGUUUUUGUAUAUACUGUAGUUAUACAGGCAAUAAAUAACAGACUGCAAAAGGCUGAUGAGCUCAGAUCCAUAAGGCACAAUUUAUCAGCCUUUAUUAUAUUUACAGAUGAUAACAAGUAUGUACGAGUACAGAGUAACCCAUAAAAUUGAGUACCAUAUAUCCCACUAUGCUGCAAAUUCAAUAUGUACUAUAAAGGUGGUGAAGUAUGAUUUUUAGAGUGCUGUUUCUGUGUAUAAGUGACCUUCUGUGCUUUACUAAUUAUUUUGUGAGUAUUGGACAUAUUGUCCAGUUUUGACUUAGUAUUUAAUGUACAUAAAUGCAUAAUUUUUUUUAUCUUUUAAUUUUCAUACACUGCACUCCAUACCUUAUUGUAAAUACUGCAAUAAAACGGUUUGUUUGAAAUCAACUUACAGUAUUUACUGUCUAAUGUGUUUUUGCAGUGUUGAGCCUGUCAGUAUUAACAGUAUAUCGUUUCAAACAUUAGUGUCGAUGAUUUAUGU